AUGGCCUCUCCAUCCGCUAUGUCGUCUCUCCUCUUCCUAACCGCUCUGUUCGCAACUCUCUUUUCAUCCGCCACAGCCCAAACCUGGACAGCAUGUAAUCCCACAGAGAAGGAUAAUUGCCCUCGAAACCCGGCCCUAAGCACAACCUACCAGGUCAACUUCACAGACACUCUCAACGAAGUAAUCUGGAAUAUCACCAAUGGCAAACUCGACUACCACGACAAGGACACCAGCUUCUCUAUCAAAGAAAAGCUGGAUUCCCCAACCAUCCAAUCCCGCUUCUAUAUCUUCUUUGGCCGACUGGAGGUUAUCAUGAAAGCAGCUUUAGGCAAGGGCGUGGUCAGCAGCAUCGUUCUCCAGUCUGAAGACCUGGACGAGAUUGACUGGGAAUGGGUGGGCGGCGAUACCACCCAUGUCCAAACCAAUUACUAUGGCAAGGGCAACAGGACCUUGGCUGACCGUGGCGUCAUCCACGAGGUGGAUGCUCCCAUGGAAAAGUUUCACAACUAUACCAUCGAUUGGACCGCGGAACGGCUGCAGUGGUGGGUCAACAACGACUUAAUCCGCACCCUAACAUACGACCAGGCCCUUGGUGGUAAAAACUAUCCGCAAACACCUAUGACGGUGAGAUUGGGAAUUUGGCCUGGAGGUGACCCGAAGAACGAGAAGGGCACCAUCGAGUGGGCUGGUGGAGAUGUAGAUUACAGCAAAGUUCCAUAUUUCAUGACUGUAAAGCAGCUCAAGGUCCAGGACUAUUCAACAGGCAAGGAGUAUGAGUGGACAGACAGAUCUGGUUCCUGGCAAAGUAUCAAGGUCCAUAAGGGAACAUCUUACCUUGAGAGAGAAGUGCUCAAGCCACCACCAAAGUCCAUGUCGCAAAAAUGGCGUCGACUCCCUAGCGGUGCCAAGAUCGCCAUCUAUGCCUCCGCAGGUGGCGUCGCCUUAAUCGGCCUCCUUGUCCUGAUACUCUGCUGCAUCAAACAACGAAGAGCUGGGCGCAGAGAACACAUCCUCCAAGAAAGCAAAUUCACCACACAACAGAAUGAAGUCAUCACGCUGCAAUCACAAUGGAAGAGCCAUCAGUAUCAACAAAUUCGAACAUAG